CGUUGCCCUGGCAACCAGGCCAAAGGGACGCGGCGGCCCCGGCCUCCAAGCCUCCGGCUACAAGCCCCGGGCUCUUCGCCGGCCCUGCUCGCUUCCGGCACCAUGUCGGUGCGGACGCUACCGCUGCUCUUCUUGAACUUGGGCGGGGAGAUGCUUUACAUCCUGGACCAGCGGCUGCGGGCCCAGAACGUCCCGGGAGACAAGGCCCGCAAAGAUGAGUGGACAGAGGCGGACAGAGGACGAGUUCUGAAUGACAUCGUCUCAACCAUGUUCAAUCGGAAGUUUAUGGAGGAAUUGUUCAAACCCCAGGAGCUCUACUCCAAGAAGGCCCUGAGGACUGUCUACGACCGCCUGGCUCAUGCCUCCAUCAUAAGACUGAACCAGGCCAGCAUGGACAAGCUCUAUGACCUGAUGACUGUGGCUUUCAAAUAUCAAGUCUUGAUGUGUCCCCGUCCCAAGGAUGUGUUGCUGGUCACGUUCAAUCAUUUAGAUGCCAUCAAGGGGCUCAUCCGAGACUCCCCAGCCAUCCUGAAUCAGGUCGAUGAGACUUUCCAGCAGCUGACUGAGGUAUAUGGGGGUCUCUCUGCGGGGGAGUUCCAGCUGAUCCGGCAGACACUCCUCAUCUUCUUCCAGGAUCUGCACAUCCGGGUGUCCAUAUUUCUAAAGGACAGAGUUCAGAAUUCUAAUGGUCGCUUUGUGUUGCCCGUGUCCGGGCCUGUUCCCUGGGGAACUGAAGUUCCAGGACUCAUCAGAAUGUUCAACAGCAAAGGCGAGGAAGUGAAGACCGUAGAAUUCAAGCACGGCGGAAACUAUGUCGCUGCACCAAAAGAAGGUUCUUUCGAACUUUAUGGAGACCGAGUCCUGAAACUGGGAACUAACAUGUACAGUGUGAACCGGCCUGUGGAAACCCAUAUGUCUGGAGCAUCAAAGAACUUAGCUUCACAGACACAGGAAAGCAUUGCUCCAAACCCACUUGCUAAAGAAGAGCUGAAUUUCUUGGCCAGGCUGCUGGGAGGGAUGGAGACUAAGAAACCCAGUGACCCUGAGGCGAGAUUCCGGCUGAAUCUCUUCGCCACUGAGGAAGAGGAGGAGCAAGCAGCGCUCACCAGGCCAGAAGAGUUAUCCUAUGAAGUUAUCAACAUACAAGCUACCCAGGACCAGCAGAGGAGUGAAGAGCUGGCUCGGAUCAUGGGGGAGUUUGAGAUCACGGACGCGCCGAGGCAGAGCGCCAGCAAGGGGGACGAUUUGCUUGCCAUGAUGGAUGAGUUAUAGCUGUGCCGACCAGGCAUACCCCUCCCCUAUAGGGAGAGGCUGCCUGAUGAGGACCCUAGGGGAUGCCCCAGGGAGCGAAACGAUGCUGCUAGUUUCCUACUGGGUGAAGCCCUUCCGCCUUGUUCCUGUUUAUGUUGUAACGGACUACGUGAGUCUCCCUCCAGGAGCGCAGUCUCUGGAAGGAGCACGGGCACAUAUUUUCAGCAGAAUAUAUUCCGGCUUUUAAAUCGGAUCUUCCCCAUUUUCUUUCUGGUUUUAUGGCAACCAUCCAAGGCAUCCUGGGCCAUAGGUUCAAGCCCCAGAGAGGGAAGGGGGCAUUCCUGUCGCCACUUUCAAUUACAGCUUUCCUGUGGGGACCUACAGCUCACAGGUGCCUGGGAAUCGUCAUGAAACUUCAGAGCUUUCUGGGAUGUAUUCUGCCUUGUACGAGAGUUUGGACUAAGUGGAAAAGACAGUUGCCUCAAACAGUUAGGGCCCAGUUUAGACAGCCCUUCUCUCCCUGGUACACUGGGAACUGUAACCUCAGAGGCAGAGUAAGCAAGGCUGUGGCAGGGACACCCAGCUGGGCCCCACGCAGUGCAUGUGGGGUUUGAGUUCUCUGCACAUCUCUCUGUCCGUAUGAGGUGUGGGCUUAUACCACGUGGAGAUGUGUACCAAGGAAAUAUUUUGCUUUUCAGCAUGAUAUGUACUCCUUACCCCCAGAAUCUUCCUCUGCCACAGUGUUCUUUCCUCCUCGGGUCACCUAGCAUGAUAUGCCAUGACACCUGUCUCCUCUGCUUCACCGUCAGUGGCCAAGCAGAGCCUUAAGUGGGAGACAUGGGUGGCACAUGUGGUGUGCCACUGGCCCUUCCGCAGGGUGCCAAGUCUAAUUGGGAUGCAUGUAAAAUAUCUCAGGCCACGGCUGCCCUGAUUGCCUCAGGAAGGAGCGUCUGCCCUGCACCACAUGCUCAUCCCAGGACUAACUGGUGGGCUUGGGGCCAGCCAACAUCCAGAGGUCAGUGUCCUCUCAGUCCUCUGGAAGGAAUAUCCAGAAUGGCAGAGGGUAGGAGAGAAAGGGCAGGAGGAGGGUAGCUGAGCUGGUCAUUGCCUGAGACAGACCAACCACAGGGACCACUCAGGCUCCUCGCACCUGGGCAAGAGUGGAGGCAAACACAGUUCUGGAAUGUGAGGGCCAGGGAAGCUGUCCUUUAGCUUGCCCAAGGCAUGGGGUUUGGAUACAGAAAGGUAAACCACCAAAUAAAUUUAAGUUGCUUCCUA